CUCAUCACAAGUGCGAAAAGUGUGCUUCUCGUCCAUCAUAUUAGAAACCAGUGCCUCGUAGCUUAUUUUAUAGGUCCCGGGUUUUGAUGAUAUAUGUCGUACACCCCUCCCACAACUUUUACUAGUCUUUCAGAGUUCCGGAUUUCUUUCCUAUACAACACGCUCCUUCUAUUUGCGCACUUUCCUUUCAUCCCUUCAUUUAGCGAUGUCAACCCUCGACGAUGUUCUCUCCCGUCAGAAGACAGACAAUGUUCUUUACCCUCCAACAAUCACCGGUCCAACUACCGCAUCCCUGAGAAUCGAAGCAGUAACGGAAAAUACUCUUACUGUUGGGCUUCUCAACUCCACCACCUCCAGCAAUGUAUACGCCUACAUCACGGGUCUCGCAAUUGCCAACAACCACUGCCUCUUUCUCCUGGAAGCCGAUGGAGAAACACCAUACUAUCCCACCAAUCCAGAUUCCAAUGGCUCCGCACUGUCUUCAGACUGUGCAAUAGCUCUGGGAGCUCCUGGAAUAACACGAAGCGUCACAAUUCCGUACAUUGCGGGUGGAAGAAUUUGGUUCUGCGUCGACAACAAACUCACUUUCCUCCUGAACUCCAGCCCCGCGGGUCCAGGACUCGUCGAACCCUCAGUCAGUAACACUGCAGAUCCCAAUUACCAUCUUUCCUGGGACUUUUGCGAGUUCACGUACAACAGUGCACAGCUGUACGCAAACAUCACUUAUGUCGACUUCGUCUGCCUGCCAAUAUCACUAACUCUGACAUCAACUUCUGGAACGACCUCACACGUAGGAGGUCUUCCCUCUAACGGCCUUGAAACAAUCUGUACUGGUCUGCAAUCCCAAAACGCUAUCGACAGCGCCGGCUGGGACAAGCUAGUAAUUACAAACAACGGGACCAACCUUCGAGCCCUGUCUCCCUCCAACGGAAUCCUCUUCAACCCGGAUCUUUUCUCCACUUACUGGGACUCGUACAUCGACGCCGUCUGGACGAAAUAUAUUUCCUCGCCCUUGACGAUCAACACACAAUUCACAUGGGGCUCCGCAACAGGAUAUACGUCCAACGACCGCACGCUUCUCACAUUCUCCGGGGUCGGAUCAUUUCCCAAACCUUCAGCAAAAGACAUAUUCGGCGCCAAUUCCGGGGCUUUCGCGCCUCAGGAUGCAAACACAGAUCAGUUGCUCAAUAUUGGCGCGAGAUUGGAUGCGGCUUUCAAUAGGAGCACGUUGCUGAUCAACGCCGAUCAGCCGACUAAGGAGGUGGUGAGUACGUAUUAUGGGCAUACCGUGACAAAUCAUUAUGCUAGGAUCGUGCAUGCCGCGAAUGUGGAUGGGAGAGGGUACUGUUUUCCCUAUGAUGAUGUUACGCCGGAGGGGAGAGUGGAUCAGAGUGGGUUUGUGAAUGAUGGGAGUCCGAAGAGCUUUUUGGUGUGUGUUGGGGGCGGGAAUGCCUUUGCGAAGAGGACGAUUGAAAGUGUAGAGGAGAGAGGGAGGGAUAGAAGAGUAGUGAAGAGGGGGUUGCUUUGGCAGGAUGAAUCGAGGCAGGAUGUCGACUUUGAGAAUGAUGGGAAUCGAGAUUUGGAGAAGGGACUGACCUGGAAGCUGUCAUACGACGUUGAUCAGUCAUCAAAUCGGAAUUUCAAUCUUCCUCCUGUCCUGCAGAAAUGGCUGGGACCGCAUCUGACUAAAUUUCAGUCAAGCCCGAUUUACAUUCAGAACAUACUCCCGCUGAUUCAAAUCGUCUCAAGGAUACUUUCAUCCGUUGUAUCAUUAUCAAUAAGGACACUCAUAUCGAGAGUCUUCAUUAUUAUGUUCUUUGUUAUUUUUUACUUGCUCGGCUUGCUACCUCAUGGAUUAGGUGGCGAGAGUCAGAGGCGUGUUUUGGAGUCUGUGGUCGCUGGGAGCGCGAAUGGGACAGCGCUUGUCUGA